AUGGAAGAGUUGGAGGCGAAACCAGUUAACUCUGACAGCCCUCGUGACAUGGCCCGACGUAGGAGGUUAAUUAUUGAAGAUGAUCUCCCGCCCUUGAAGCCUCCCAUGACAGCCAUGCAACGUCAGGAAUCGAUUUGUCAUGACAAGGGGAAGGGAAAUGUGAAACCGCGGGCAGCUGGCCUGGUUUCGGUGAAUAAGGGCAGGAAGAAUGGGAACCUCCCCAGAUCGCUCGCCGACAGCUAA